AAAGUUUUCUUUUUCCAUUUGUUUACCGGAGUCCAUGUAUGUGCAAAACAACGAACUUUGUACAUUCGGUAUUUUAUUUUUCGUCCGUUAAAAUGUUCAAAUAGGUGAUUUAAACUAAAUUAGUUUUCAAACACGUGAUUAUUCUGAUUUACAAAGAGCAGAUACCUACAACAGAUUGUUAACAAAGAUGGCAGAUGAUGAGACUACUUUUAAAAAACCGUCGUUUGACCCGAAGGUGCUUGGAAAAAUUAAAAAACCAGAUUUACCGGCAAGUACAGCCGAUACAUCCGUCGCGUCAUCUUCGGACGAGCGAUCCAGCAAGGACAAGGAGCAACAUUUGACCAGUGAUGCAAGUGAAAUUCCCCCGAUUCCAUACAAAGAGCCGAGCUGGUCUCGCAAGUGUGACUUUUCGCUGAACUAUGGACUAGAAGUACUGAAAAAUGGUGUCAUAAUCGAAGAAGUGAAGCAUCUUCAGAAUAAGGCAUACUGGUUGUUUGGACGAUUGCCGAACUGUGACAUUAACAUGGCCCAUCCAACAAUUUCGAGAUAUCACGCAAUUUUACAGUACAAAAGUCCGCCAGAAGCAACAAGCGAUGAUUCGGAUGAGGAGGAUAAACCGAAGCAUGUAACGGUUGAACCAGGAUGGUACUUGUACGAUCUUAAUAGUACUCACGGCACUUAUCUGAACAAGCAACGUUUAACACCAAACACCUACGUUAGAGUUAGGGUAGGUUACAUGGUUAAGCUUGGUUCAAGCUCCCGAACGUAUAUCUUACAAGGACCAUCCGAGGACAGUGACGACCCAUCCGAACUGACUAUCACCGAGCUAAAACAACAGCGCCAGCAAAAGGAACAACUUCAACGUGAGAUGGCAGAAAUUGAACGGCAGGAGAAGGAACGUAUCGCAAAACUGAAAGAAGAAGAGGGCAUUAACUGGGGAAUGGCAGAGGAUGCAGACGAAGAAACCGAUUUGACGCACAAUCCCUACGCAGUGUCUAAUAAUGAGGAAUUGUUCCUAGAUGAUCCGAAGAAAACACUUCGUGGUUACUUCGAGCGUGAAGGACAUGAUUUGGAUUAUCGGUUAGAGGAGCUAUCAGCUGGGACGUAUGUUUGUAAGGUAGAACUGCCGGUGGACGACGAUUUCGGUAGGCCAAUUGUCGCGGAAGCGUCUCACAAAGGCAAAAAGAAGGAGGUCGUUAUUCAGUGUGCUUUGGAAGCUUGCCGUAUUCUGGACCGGUACGGUUUAUUGCGACAGGCUACACACGAACCCCGUCGUCGGCAUAAAAAAACGUCGGAUUCAGAUGAGGACGACUUCCUCGAUCGUACAGGAGACAUCGAACGUCGUCGGCAAAGAAAGCAAACAAAAUCAUCAACGGAGGUUCACACGUAUGAGGAUCUCAUUCGGCGUGAAUCAGAAUUACUCGAACGACUGGAAGAGUUGGAGGGAAAGAUUGAACGCCACCAAAUGAUUGAGAAGGGCACUCGGCUGCCGGAAAACGAUGAAGACGUGGAUGACUUUUUGACAAAACUUUCCGAGGACAAGCCGUACGAUAAGUUUGAGAUUCGGCGCUUGCGAUUGGAGAAAGAUCGUCUGAUGAAAGAUCACGUGACGCUGCAAAAACUCAUCAAAAUAGCCAAACCGGUAGAUCUUUCAGGCAUGAGUCAACAGCCCGGAGGUUCUAGGGACUCUAAGGAGCAUUUUAAGAACAAAAUGAUGCCUCUAUUUGGGAAACGAAACAAACUGAGCAAAUCGUUUGGUAUUAAAAAGUCGGACAUCAAAGUUGGUGGCUCAACUAGCGCCUAUGGCGAGGAAAUCGAAGAAGACGAGGAAGAGCAAACAUCGAAGCUUGAAGUUCAAAGUAAACCCAAAGAGAGUAGCAAGCGAACGCUUGGCCCAUCAUUCAAUCCCGAACUUUUGGAAGUGCACCGCAAAAAGUCUACUCAGUCAGAGGUUAUCGAACAAGUUCCUUCUCAGGAUACGGUAUCCUCGUCUUCAGUUCAGCUGGCGGAGGCCGAACCUAUGGAUGUGAAGACAGGUAAACGUAAAUCUGAACCUCUAGCGGCUGAUUCCGACAGUGUGCCGGAUGCUGGUGAGGUCGUCGCCAGUAAGAAAAAGCGGAAUCGCCCGAGAGGGCGUGAACGCAAUCGGGACAAUGUUGACAUUGACGACAGUGAGGAGUUGCAAAGUGAGGAGAAAAAUAUCGAAUGGGUUCCGCCGGAAAACCAGAGCGGCGACGGAAUUACUUCGCUUAACGAAAAAUUUGGGUAUUGAAUAUUGCACACUGCUUCACAGAGUGUCGUAGACGUUUCUCCAUAUCUGUUUAUUAUCAUUGUGGCUGAAAUUAUGUUGAAGUAUUCUCUAGGAAUAAAAUGAAAAUAAAUAAUGUAGUCGAGCCCUUUA